UCCGGAAAAUAUACACAAUGGAAUCCGAACUCAAGAAAACAGUGUUUAAUUAUUGUUCUUAUUUUCAACGGAAGCCAAAAUCAGUGACAUGAACAACGACGACGAUAAAGAUCCAUGGUUAGCACCCGACAAACUCUACCAUUUCCUCUUUUGCUUCUUUCUUACCCUCUUCUUCUCCGCUUUAGCUUCUCUAUCCCGCUACCAUUUUCUCCGUAGCCAUUCUACUCGGGUCGGAUCCAUCCUCUCCCUCUUAGCUGGCGCUGCCAAAGAGGCUGCUGAUCAACUCGGGUUUUUCCCCUCUGCUGGUGCUUCCGCCAGAGAUGCCCUCGCGGAUCUCCUCGGGGUUUUGGUAGCUGCAAUGGCGCUUUCUUUGUGGAAUAGGCUGCACCGAUCCCGACCCGAUUCGGGACACACCCGGCGGGUUUUGCCUGUUUGAUUGAGAUUCCAUGGUUCGCUUGAUAAAUGGUUAACUGAUUUUAUGUGUUUAAGCGUGUGUGGCUAGCUGCUUCUUGGAUAGGAGACGUUUGGUUGCCGAGACAAUUUUGUGAUUUUCUUUUUCAUCUGCUUUUUGACUGGCCUUUUUGGAAUUGGGAUUAAUUUCUUUCACAUGAUUGGCCUUUUUAAAGAGCAUAGGAUUGUUCGAUUGGUGAGAAAUUGAAUGCGAAGAGAAAUGAUGAUUUUUCAAGGUUUCGGGAACUUGAGAUUCUAUUUCUGGGAUUAAAACGAUAGAAUAUAUUGGCUGAUGUCUAAAACAAAAGUUUGACAAGGCUAAUGUACUUCUAUAAUUCAUUUGGCUUUGUUUGCCUGAUGGAAAAAUAAGUGAAAGCAAGGCGAAAGCUUUGGAUUUUGGCGUCAUAAUCCAUUUGGCUUUGUUUGGUUGAUUGGGAAACAAGAGACACCGAAGCAAAAUCUUUGGGUUCUGGCUUUAUAAGUCAUUCGGCUUUGUUUGGUUGAUGGGGGAAACAAGAGAAAGCAAGGCAUAAGGUUCGGAUUUUGGCAUUAUAAUCCAUUUGGCUUUGUAUUUUGGCAUUAAUGGUGUGUUCUUGUUGUUCCUUCCGAAAUUUCCUGGUGCUCAUUGUAGCUAGUUGUAUUAGAAACUUUGAAGGAAUAUUUUAUAAGCUUUCGCUUAGUUCUAUGUGUGAGAUUUCUUUCUUUUUUUCA